AAAACAAAUGCUAGUAGUUUGUAAGAGCUGACCCGAAGGAGGUGUGUCCCUAUACAUGGAGAGGAAGAAAAUCUUAUGAAUGAAAUUCCAGAGGUGUGGUGUGUGCCUGCUGCAAGUGCCCUGUGUGAGUGUGCGCUCGCCUCGUUAUUAUUCUGCUCACAGCACCUUCUGAUUCACAGACUUGGGAGCUGAUCAUGAAUAUAAGCGAACACUUUGACGUCAGAGCUGUGAUUUCUCAGCAGACCCAAUGGGGUAAGAAUAUUAAGUGCAAGUGAAAGCCAGCAAUCUGGCAGCAGAAUUAGCAAUGUUAACCAAGGAAUGAGCCUCAGCAAGGACUGCAAGGACUAGCACAAAGGGGAUAGAGCUGGAGUGGAAAGAAUACCGGAAAGCAAUGUUUCACCAGCCUGCAGCCGCCUCCGUGGAUCGCCUACUGUAUUUCCACAACUCUUCCUCCAGCAGGAUGUCCCACAUCCACUAUGACCCGUGGGAUACCAACACUUCCACCGUCACAACAUCCGACCUGUCCCCAGAUGAGUAUGUCAAUCCGUGGGACAUUAUCCUUUGUGUUACAGGGACCAUCAUGGCAUGUGAGAACGCAAUAGUAAUUGCUAUACUCUUCUAUACGCCUGCACUCCGUUCUCCCAUGUUUUUACUUAUUGGCAGCCUGGCGCUGGCUGAUCUACUGGCUGGCGUGGGACUCAUUGUGAAUUUCAUAGUAAUAUAUGUGUUUAAUAAUGAAGUGGCAACAUUGACUUCUGCUGGUCUGUUGCUGGCCUCCUUCUCUGCCUCUGUCUGUAGCCUUUUAGCUAUCACAGUGGACAGGUAUUUGUCUCUGUACAAUGCCCUUACAUACCACACAGACAGAACUCUGACUUUCACAUACCUGAUGCUAAUUCUGCUGUGGGCUCUCUGCAUCUGUAUCGGCCUGUUACCAAUCAUGGGAUGGAACUGUGUAAGGGAUCAGCCCUCCUGCAGUGUGCUGAGACCAGUGACCAAAAACAAUGCAGCUGUGCUGGCAGUGUCCUUCCUCCUGCUCUUUGCCUUGAUGAUGCAGCUGUACCUGCAGAUCUGCAGGAUUGCUUUCCGCCAUGCCCAGCAGAUUGCAGUGCAGCACCAAUUCAUGGCCACAUCUCAAGCUUCCAGCACCAGGAAAGGGGUAUCAACCUUAUCUCUCAUAUUGGGCACCUUUGCACUAUGCUGGAUUCCCUUUGCUGUGUACAGCUUGGUUGCUGACUCAAGUUACCCCAUGAUAUACACCUACUCGCUGGUGCUUCCAGCCGCCUGUAAUUCUGUCAUCAACCCCAUAAUAUACGCUUUCAGAAACCCAGACAUCCAGAAGUCAUUAUGGCUUGCUUGUUGUGGUUGUAUCCCACCCAGGUUCUUAUCUGGGCCCAGAACUUCCAGUGAUGUAUAGGGACCUGAAGGGAUACAUUUGGAUACAGACUGUGCCAUGCUGGGGAAGAAGAAAAAAGAUGUCAAAUGUUACUUUAUUUUUACAGUUGAUAUCAGAUGUAUUGCUUUGAAUUGUCCACAGGAAAAAAAGGUUCAAAUAAGCACUUACUACCAGCUGGUGGUGUACACAUGUGGCAGAAAUCAUCCCUUGAUAAUUUACAGGCAGCUUGUAGAGUCUCUUUACCUUGAGUUAAUUGGAAAUGAAAAAGGUUAAAACUUAUCCUAAUAAAUCCUGCAUCUCUAGGUUCUUCAUUGAGUAUCCAUUGUUUUUGGCAACCCUGAAGAGUGGGCUUUGACUAUAUGUUCUGUUUUUACCACUGUCACCACUGGAUUACAUAAAGAGAAGCUGCUCCACUCAGCUUAGUUUCUAGAACAGAAAGCUCAGUUCAAUAAGCACCUUCAUUAGUACACUCCAGGCCAGUAUUAAUUAUGUUUAAUGUGUAUAAAUUGUUAAAACAUUUAAUACAGGAUCGUAGAACUAUGCCCACAUAGAAACAUAGAAUAUGACAGCAGAUGAGAACCACUUGGCCCAUCUAGUCUGCCCCUUUUCUAACCAUAUUGUUCUCUCAAACCCUAUUUGAUCCUUAUUUCUUUGUAAGGAUAUCCUUAUGUCUAUCCCAUGUAUGUUUAAAUUGCUCUUCUGUCUUAGGCUUUACCACCUCUGCUGGGUUGCUGUUCCACUUGUCAACUACCCAUUCUGUGAAGUAAUAUUUCCUCAAGAUUCACCCAAACCUACCUCCCUCUAGUUUCAGUGCAUGUUCUCAUGAUCUAUAUCAUAAAACUGGUUUUAUUUGUAGUGAGUAUAAACAUAAUAAAUGUAAACUCCCUUUUCUCACUAUAGAAAUGGCUCAUAGCCAUGUACUUCAUGUAGGUGCUUACUGAGCUACUUAUAUUCAUUUCUGCACAGCAUUCAGCUGCCAAUCACUACAGUGUUCCCUCUUUGUUCCACUAUCUACAUGUUGCACCAUUUCUUAUACAAUAUUUGCUUAAAUAAGCAGUAAAAUAUAUUAUUACAUUACCCCCUUUAUGCCACCAUCUUUACUAUAAUGUGUGUGUUCUAAGCAAGCAGUAUGAAGAGGGAGUACUAUAUAUACUGUGCCUACAAUAUAAAGGGAUCUGCCACAUGUAAUACACUACAAUCAAAUAAAAAAGGCACUUCUAUUGCUUAUGAAUUUAAAAGGCAUUGAUUUGUUAAUAAUAUUUGGUUACCAAAACAGGAAAUUAGGGGGACAUUUACUAAGCAGUGAUACGAGCGGAGAAGUGAGCCAGUGGAGAAGUUGCCCCAUCAACCAAUCAGCAGCUCUGUAUAAUUUUAUAGUAUGCAAAUUAUAGAUGUUACUUCAGUGCUGAUUGGUUGCCAUGGGCACUUCUCCACUGGCUCACUUCUCCGCUCUUAUCACUGCUUAGUAAAUGUCCCCCUUAGUCCAGUAAAUACUUGACUCUCUGAUUUCAGUUUAUAGGUAUCAAUGGGAUUUCCUUGCAUGGGUAUUGUGAAAGAGAGUACACUAGAACUACUUGGAUACUUGCUCAUGUAUGGACAUCCAUAAAACUGCACUUUUUGGAAACAUUAUUUAUAGAUGAAAUAACAUUGUACUUGCCAACUCCCCCAGAAUGUCCUCUUCGAUGAAACACGUAGGCACUCACCCUGCACUUGCCACUUGAACCUCCAUUCUGGUCUCUCCUGGAAGGAAGGCCCUAAUAAUUGCCAAGUAUGAGAAAUAGUAUUAAAAUUAAAUUAUUAUUGUAGCUAUUAAAUUAUUAAAAUUAAAUUAUUCUUGUAGCUAUUAUUUCAUGCUUUUUUUUUCAUAUGUAUGUUUUAUUUUGUUAUGAGCCCUCUCCUAUUUAGUAUGCUAACUAGUAACUUCUAGUAGCCUGCAGUCCCCAUUGCUGUUGCUAUCUAUAAAGAAGGCUACUUAGUUACUGAAAAUUUGAAAUACAUUUCAACGAUACUUAAGAAAUGCCAUCAUUUUAAUAAGCAGAGAAUUAAAGUCUAAGGGGGUAAUUCUGAGUUGAUCGCAGCAGGAUUUUUGUUAGCAGUUGGGCAAAACCAUGUGCACUGCAGGGAAGGCAGAUAUAACAUGUGCAGAGAGAGUUAGAUUUGGGUGUGGUGUGUUCAAUCUGCAAUCUAAAUUGCAGUAUAAAAAUAAAGCAGCCAGUAUUUACCCUGCACAGAAACAAAAUAACCCACCCAAAUCUAACUCUCUCUGCACAUGUUAUAGCUGCCUCCCCUGCAGUGCACAUGGUUUUGGCCAACUGGUAACAAAGUUCCUGCUGCGAUAAACUCAGAAUUACCCCCUAAAUUCAUAUACUAGUAAUUACAUAUAGUGAUUUUUUUUUUAAACUACUUUUCAGAUCUGGUCUAGGAGAAAAAAAUAUAUGGAAUUUUAUUUUAGGAGCAAUUAUGUGUUGUUUUCAACAUUUAGAUCCAUCAUUUGGUACAGUGUGUUAAACCACAUUUCUACUCAGACUAUGUAAUUUAAUUAAACAUCUUGAAAGGUUCAUACCUGCUAUCAAAAUAAGGAUCAUGUAUGCCAAAUAUAAAAUUUUGUUUCUACUCAAAUUCAGAUCAAUGGUCUCUAUAAGUCCUUCUGACUAUACAGGGACCUAAAUUGUAAAGCAACCAUAACUUUGGCAAAAAUGUAAUCUCUAACAACGAAGUUGAAAUAUAUUUAUUUUGUUUAUAUUGCAUUAAAUGGCUUUCACAAUGAGAGGAGUUACCAAAAAAACAACAACAACCUUGUCUGUAAAGGGUUAUAUAUCCCAAACAUUGAGUUUGUAUUUUCAAUGUCAUUAUAGCAAUCUAUGACAAGAAAAUAUGCUGUAUGUUUAUUCAAUUUUGCCUUAUAUAUGUCAUAUUACUUUUGAUACAUUGCUUUAUCAAUCAUGUUUCUUACCAUUGUGCUAGCAUAGUAGCAGUAAAAGAACUCACUUCUAUUGUCAAUAUUCAAAUUUACAGCUUGGAUUAUUGACAUGGGAUGAAAGCAGUGUUGAACUUAUAUAUAAGAAACAGACAUGGCCAAAGAGAACCUGCAGCUUUUACAUAUUUUCAUAUUAAAAAAUGAGAAACACAUUUUUCUCGCUGGAAAUGAGUUGUAGGUCAGUAAUAUCUUGUGAAACCAAGAUCUGUUUUGGAACAGAGGGGGAGAUUUAUCAAAGCUUGGAGAGAGAGAUAAAGUACCAACUAAUCAGCUCCUAACUGUAAAUAUUUUUUUAAACAAAGCCGGUAUCAGCACGAUUUUCCUUAUCAAAAUGACAAAUUGUGCAUAUCGUAUUGUGUGUACGCUCAGUUGUGCGCUCCUGCCGGUCGCAUGCGGCGUCUUUCGAUAGGGCGUGCUGCUCUUUCAACCGGAUGAUAUCUCAUGAGGCACCAUGCAUAAUAAUGAUGGACGGAACUGUUAUCAUUCUGUCGUUCAUUAAAUGUUCCUGGUGUGUACCGGCAAUCUGGCAUGGUCCAGGGCAAAGGGAAAUCGCUUUGACCAUCUGCCCAGUUGCCGGCCUUAGAAGCUGAUUGGUACUUUAUCGCUCUUCACUUUAUCUUUCACUAAGCUAUGCUAAGUCUCAACUAGAUUUCUACUGUAAAACACUGCUAAAGGAGAGGCCUUGUAACAAUGUUGCACUUAUGAAAAUAAUGCACUGUAAACUCUGUAUAGAACCCCUUCAGUGCCUUGUUAUGUUAACGUUUAUUAGCGGCAAGUGUUAAUUGGUUUGUAUUAUGAAUAUUACAUGUGAUUUAUUAUUUGUUUAUCUUAUAAAUUCUUGUGAGCUAGGGCCAAUAAAGCAUUGGAGGGCUGCCAAUUGGACAUCCCCUGCUCAUUACAAAAAUACAUCAAAUUUGGAAGCAAAAUUAACCAUUUUGUCCAUAUUUUAAGGACAUUUGGCGCACAUUAGAUUCAAAUUAUAAAAUGUCUUUAAAACUAUAUUUAUUUAUAUAUGUAUUUAUGUAUUUAUUUAUUUAUUUAUUUAUUUAUUUGCCAGGCUUGACUCCCAAGCUGUUGGGUAAUUACAUGUCUGGCUGGCAUGCCAAAUUUGGACUUGUAGCAGCUUAAAUCUGGCCUAACAUGUAAUGACAGUGUAGCAUAUGUAUCAGCCUUUCUACAAGGAUAUGUAUAAUAAGCAAGGGAUGUUAAUAUAUGUAGAAACCCUGUAUAUAAUAUCUGUAGAUUGUUAAUUUCUGAUGUCAUCACUUAUAUUCUGGGAGUUCCGAUGUCAUUGCAACACUGUUUGCUAAAAGGAAUGUGUGUAUUACAAGGAAUAUAUCACCCCAUACUGUACAUUAUUAUGGAUAUUAGAAAUCACCUUGGAGUUUUGUGUUAUAAAAUUAAUUGGCCUACAGUUUGUGUUGUUAAAAUUGUCACAGAAUUCCACUGUAACCUCUAUUAUUCAUAUAAUUUACAGUAGGGAGUGCAUGAUUUCAUAUAUCCCUUCUUUUCAUACAGUAACAGGAAGAUGUCACUACACCUUAACAAGGUUUUCCAUGCAGAAGCCUCAAGGUAUCAAAAAUGUCACCAUUGCACAAAUAAAACUUACAGGCAGCACUGUAAAACAUCAACUUAAGUGGUUGUCUUGCCUAAUAAGUCUUAUUGCCACUGAUAACCCUCUUAUUUCCCAAUGCAAUACGCAAUGGAAACCAGCUUACACCCGACAAGAAAAUAUAAACAAAUGAAUGUGGUUGAACAGCACCUUGAACGUAUUUUAGACAUUAGCCGAGUCAGCGAUUGCCUGGAAUUUGCCUCUAGAUAGACCAACAUUGUUGCCUUAUUUGUUUGAAAGAUGUUAACAUUACGGACAAUGCCACCUGUACGUCCUCUGCAAAACAUUAUUAUUUAUAGGCCAAUCAAGGGUUUAAAACAAACUUACAAGAUUUCACUAGUAAAUGAUGGAGGCAACCUACUAUAUCAUCACAAAGAUCCUGUGCUAGGCCCUCUUUAAAGAUGCACAUCACCUAAUCUGGACAGCCAUCAAGAUGAGCACAGUGAGAUAAAUAAUUGAGCACAAUCUCAGUGGAAAAGACUCUUUUUUAGUACUUGAAUAAUAUGAGAAAAAAAAUAGGUAAGAAUUUAAAGGCUCUGCCAUUUCCGUGUCUUGUUUUCUCGCAUCGGAUAUGCAACCUGUGAUAUACUGCAAACAUUUACUUCUGAUGGCAAAAUCAAUGCACGGUACUGAAGGGGUUGUAUUACAGUUAUUGUGCUGUAACAGGUCUGUAUUAUUUAAUGUUGGUACAUAUUAAUUGAUGGCCUUAUGACGUCUUUUCUUUCUGUGAGUCUCUGUUGAAAGAAGUGAACCAUUCACUGCUAGGCCGAAUCAAACCUGUUGUGAAUUGUGAUUUAGGGGUAAAUGUAAUGCAGUGCAAAACCUGGUUUUGCCUUGCAAAUGAUUGCUGCUUUAAAAAACGGGCAUUCUUGCACAAACUAGCGCACCUCAGGCUUCUCGCACUGUAUUACAUUGACCCCUUAGUCUCAGAUAUGAUCAUGCAGUAGGUUACCACAUUAAUUUGUGAUUCCCGUCUACUAGUCUACUCUUCCUGUAGGCUUUCAUGACUCAGCAGUAAAGUGGUUAUUUUCUAAUUUGCCGGCAACUAUGCCAAUACUGACUUGGACAGUCAGCAGCACUUAUGCUUAGUAACAAGUAUCAAUAACCACUAAAUCUAUCUAAAAAUAAAGUUAAUUUUGGAACGAUCUGUAUUUUUAGAAAAUGAUACUUGCCAAUUUCUAAAUAAUUGAAUUAUUCCAAAUAUAUAGUAUAUAAAUAGAACCCAUAUCUGUAAAGGUUGCGUUUUUUUAUUUUUUGUAGCAACAGAGAAUUGUGGCUUAAGUCUUGCAAACCUGGACCAUUGCCCCCACAUUGGAAAAUAUUAUGUCUCUCCAAUUUUUAUUCUUCCUGUGUGGGAUGAAGACUAGAAUCUUAUGUCAUUAGUUCAUUCACCAUCCUAUUUCCCAUGGGUUUUCAGUGCUAUUGAUGAGAUUAUUUGCUAACGUACGUUUGUGAAGUAUUUGCCUUUGUAGAAAAUGAUGAUUUUAUGACAUCCCAGACAUUUUGAGCAAAGUCUUCAGUUUUGGGAACCAGGGCAUAAAUCCUACCUGUUCCCUCUACCCAGGGCAGAGCUGUCUGUACUCCCCAUUGCAUGAACAGAAUGUUUACCAGCUUGAAACGAAUCCGUAUUUUUCCUGGAUGUUCUGAUUCAAAGCAUGUAUGUACUGUAGUCUAUUUUUUUAUAAUUUUAAGAUUUAUUUAUCUACUUGUCUCGUCUUUCUGAUAAAUGAACAGAUUCUACACAAGAGUUUUAAAUUAUUAUUUUUUUUAUAUAAGGUUGUGUUUAAUGCAAAUGUGUGAUAC